AUGAGCACAUCGCACAACAGUGAACAGGCAAUCACUCAUUUUCGGCUCGCGUAUGCCUCCACGGUCUCAGGCAAGGCCACGUUUGCAGAGAUUGCCGCCAUAUCACGACUCGACGAGGUGACGACCCGCCAUAUCAUUCGCCAUGCUGUUGCACAAAACAUCUUCGAAGAGCCACGCCCGGGUAUCGUAUCGCACAAUGCGGCCUCCCGAAUAAUAGCCGAAGACGAUGCUUUGCACGACUGGGUCGGAGCACAUUCGGACGAGCUGUGGCAAGCUGCCUCUCAGACAUGCAAUGAGCUGGAGAAAUGGCCAAGAUCAGAAGAGGCUCACGAAAUCGGGUUUGAAUGGUCAAUCGGUCAGGACUGA